CUUUCUAAAACCUUAAUGGUAAAACCCUAGCGAACAAGAACCAAAAACCAGAGAGUAUGAACCAGUUAUCGCCGCCUAAUAUCGGCGAUAAGAUCACCAACAUCCUCUCCUCCGAAAACACCAAUAAUCAAUCUCUCUCACAAUUCAUUCCUCACCUCACUCCACCGCUCAUACUCUCCAUCAUCUCGUCCAAACACCUCGCUUCACGCCCCAACACUUUACUCGCUUUCUACAGAUGGGCUGAAAGCUCCGUUCCCCAUUUCUCUAUGCGUAACAACCCUUCAGAAAACCUCCAUCCUCUCCUUUCUCUCCUAAGAUCUCUCUUCCGGUUCAACAAGUUUGCUGACGCCAGGUCACUGCUCCUGAGUUUCAUAGCCGUCGAUGGCAACCACAUUCUUCACCAAACACUUCUUGGCCAUUCUCCUCACAAGCUUCGGUUCUCCAAGGCCUUACUGGAUACCGCCACUGGAGCUUAUGCGCAGAGUGGACGCCCGCACAUGGGGUAUCAAAUUUUCAAGAAGAUGAAGCAGAGAAUGAUUCGACCAAAUCUAUUAACUUGUACAACUCUACUUAACUCGUUGGUAAAGUUCUCUACUUCCUCCCCCAUUUCGCUUUGUGAGGAGGUAUUCUUUGAUGCUAUCAAGCUUGGAAUUGUUCCAAAUACGGACGUGUUUAAUAUACUGAUUAAUGGGUAUUGUUUGAGAAAUAAGGUCGCCGAGGCUUUGGAAAUGCUGAAGAAAAUGGAGGAAUAUAAAUGUUCACCUGAUCUGGUAACUUACAGUACAAUGUUGGAUGUGUUUUGUAAAAAGGGUAGGUUGAUUGAGGUUAGGGAGUUACUAGUUGACAUGAAAGAAAGAGGCUUACAGCCUAACAAGAACAUAUAUAAUGCAUUGGUUCAUUGUUAUUGUAAUGCUGGGUUAUUGAAGGAAGCAACUUCGAUUAUUGAUUUAAUGGGACAACAGAAUCUGUUGCCUGAUGUUGUUACUUACAACACGUUGAUCAAUGGCUUUUGUAGUAAAGGAAGAGUUGACGAGGCUUUUCGACUUCGAGAUGAGAUGGAGACUUUAGAUUUGUUGCCUGACUUGAUCACUUACAACACGUUAAUGAAUGGUUGUGUUGAGCACAAGAGUAGUACAGAUGCUCUGAAGCUGUUUGAAGAAAUGAAACAGAAGGGGUUGACACUCAAUGUAGUUACCUAUAAUAUAUUGCUAAAAUUAUACUGUAAAAUUGGGAACAUGGACAAAGCUAACAGUCUUAUUCUGGAGAUGGAAGAAAAUGGACUUACUCUUGAUUCUUUUACAUAUAAUACAUUGAUUAGUGGUUAUAGUAAAACAGGGAAUCUAGGAGAGGCCUUAAGGAGGAUGAAAGACAUGGGUGUCAAAGGACUAAAGAUGGAUAAUGUGACCCUAAAUACCGUUCUUCAUACUCUUUGCAAAGAGAAAAAGCUGGACGAGGCCUAUGAGUUACUUACAGAUGCAAACCAGAAAGGUUAUGUUAUUGAUGAGAUGAGCUAUGGAAUAUUGAUUACUGGCUGCUAUUUUGAUGGAAAUGAUGAUAGAGCAGUUGAACUGUGGGAUGAGAUGAACAAAAAACGUAUAGUUACUAGUGUUGACACAUAUAACUCUAUUAUCGGAGUUUUCUGCAAGUUAGGGAAAAUGGACCAAGCUAUGCAUAAAUUGGAUGAACUUACUGUAAAUGGAUUGGUUCCAGAUGAAACAACACAUAAUACAAUCAUCCAUGGGUACUGCUUGGAGGGUAAUAUUGAUAAAGCUUUCCAAUUCCACAACAAAAUGGUAGAAAACUCAUGUAAACCAAAUGUAUUUACAUGCAACAUUCUUCUGCAUGGGCUUUUGAAGGAGGGGAUGGUUGAAAAAGCUCUUAAGCUUUUCAAAACAUGGGUUUCAAAAGGCAGAGCAGUUGAUGCAGUGACCUGCAAUACAAUAAUAUCUGCACUAUGUAAAGAAGGAAGACUUGCUGAUGCAUUGAGUCUAGUUAAAGAUAUGGAUGCCAAAAGUUUAAGACCUGAUGAUUAUAAUUACAAUUCUCUUUUCAGUGCUUUAGUUGAUGCAGGUCAAGCUAAAGAAGCAGAGGAGAUAAUGGGUAAAAUGGUUGAGAUAAAACAUUUAGGUGAACGAUCUUUAGAAAUAAUUAGAGUAAAAGAUGUGGGAGUUGAUGAAACCCCGAAAGAAUUGGACUCGAGCAUUAUAGCUUAUUCGGAGCAGAUCAAUGAGCUUUGCGCCGAAGGGAAAUACAAAGAAGCCAUGUCUAUUUUUCGGCGAUUAACUGAGGAGGGUACUAUUUUGAGUAAAUCAGUGUAUCUCAAUUUAAUGAAGGGACUUCUCAAGAGAAAAAAGCCUGUAGCAAAGAAAAUAACUGGUUUCGCAGCACCUUCAUAGCAGACGGGUUUUUCUCCAUCAACUAUUGCAAACUUGAGAUCUCAUCAAACCGUCAAGAGUCUCUGCAGGUAAAGGUCCAGCUGCUGCAGUUUCCUGAAAAGUGGCAUUGAUCUGUCAGCUCAACUGCUCUAUUUCCACGGUACUUCCUUAAACCAAUGAACUCAGGUUUAUACUGAAAACAUAAACCCUCAUGGUAGUAAUUCUUGUAGUUACCUUACGGAAACGGAUGCAGACUAUUUUGCUGAGCAAGUUCUUUGUUUUUUCUACCGAUUUGCUUAUGAUGGUUCUACCUUGGUGUUCAAUCUUGGUUCGAAAUAAACACUUCUGUUACUAAUCAGAUGAAUCAGCUGCAGAAAUUGAGAUGAUUUUACCUAUUAUUGUUCAUCAGUCUCAAUAUUGAUGCAAUCUCAUGGAGAUACAUACCAGUGCUCUUAGUCUUAGGAUUCGAACUGAGAUAAUCCAUACAAUAGAUAUCAAGAAUUUAUAAACUAAAAAUGAUCUAAGAGCUCGGCUAAUCAAGUUGUCCAAUUACUUAGUUUCACACCAUGAGAGAACUUUCAGAAAGGAGCGAUCUUCAUGUCAGCCUGGUAGUUCUCAAAUUUUGUUGAUCAUGGAAAUCCCAAGACAGUGUCUAUAGUAUAAGUUUGUAAUUUAAAAUCGACAGUUAGUGGAAAGAAUGUCAUUAACCACAUAGGAUACUAUUCUUUUUGUUAAGAAUUGAUUAUUAUUUUAACAUAUAUGAGUCAGAAUUUGUUAAUGUGUAGUAACAACAGAUUUAAGUCCCUUAUUAAGGGACCAUCUAAUUUCUUGUGUUUUA